AUGAUGGUGGCUGGAGGCAAGAGCAGGGAGGAGCGGUGGAGCCUCGCCGGCGCGACGGCGCUCGUCACCGGCGGCAGCAAGGGCAUCGGGCAUGCGAUCGUGGAGGAGCUGGCCGGGUUCGGGGCGCGGGUGCACACGUGCUCCCGCAACGCGGCGGAGCUGGAGGCGUGCCGCCGGCGGUGGGAGGAGAAGGGGCUGCAGGUCACCGUCUCCAUCUGCGACGUCUCGGUGCGCGCGGACCGCGAGAGCCUCAUGGCCACCGUCGAGGCCACCUUCGGUGGCAAGCUCGACAUCCUCGUGAACAACGCCGGACAGUCACUGUUCAAGACCGCCGUGGAGUGCACCGGCGACGACUACACGCGGAUCAUGGCGACCAACCUCGAGUCGUGCUUCCAACUCAGCCAGCUGGCGCACCCGCUCCUUCUCGCCGGUGGCAGUGGCGGCAGCGUGGUCCACAUCUCCUCCAUCGCCGGCUUCAUCGGGCUACCGGCGCUCGCCGUCUACUCCAUGACCAAGGGCGCCAUGAACCAGCUCACUAGGAGCCUCGCCACCGAGUGGGCCCGUGACGGUAUCCGCGUCAACUGCGUCGCACCUGGCGGCGUCAAGACUGACAUCAGCAGUGAUCAGAAGACGAUAGACCCAGAGCUGGUGAAGAACGAGAUGGCGCGGCUUCCCAUGGGGAGGAUCGCCGAGCCGGAGGAGGUGGCGUCCAUGGUGGCGUUCCUGUGCAUGCCGGCGGCGUCCUACAUGACCGGCCAAGUCAUCUGCGUCGACGGCGGCCGUACCAUAACUUAGCAGCCAGAUACUUAAGCAGCCAUCGAUGAUGUUCAUGUGGGCCUGCUAAUGAAACAGGCUGUGCAGGCAUACAUAUAGAUGUCAUACACUUGAGUGCAUUGUGCUGAGGAUCUGAUUUGCAAUUACAUCCAUCAAAAAACGAUCCUUUAAUCUAUAUUUUCUUUAUCUACUUUGAAUGUAUCUAUGUAUUCUCCAAAAGGAUUUGGCUCAAAA